AAUGGUGAAGAGGCAGGAGGCAACAGUCUGACUGCACCGCCGUGACUGAUCCUGGACCUGGAUGCGCCGUGCAACCUGCCUAUUCCAGCGCUCAGUCUCCUUUCCAAGCGCAGUGUUCAGCUCAUCGGGGAACGAUGCUCUGUGUCUGGGUAGAAGAAUUCUCCUCUGCGCUUCAGCUGGGUGAUCGGAGAAAGUGGUCAAUGUGACAUUGCUUCUAUGCCGUGUUCAGUUUAUUGUUCUGGUCCUGGACGCAGACCAGCUAAUCGUGUAAGAAGAUGUUGAGUCGAUUCAUGAGUGGCAGCAUCAGGAAUUUGGACAGAGAAUACAACUGCACCGUCAGACUUCUGGAUGAUACGGAGUAUACCUGCACGAUUCAGAGGGAUGCCAAGGGACAGUAUCUGUUUGACCUGAUCUGCCACCACCUGAACCUGUUGGAGAAGGACUACUUUGGCAUCAGAUAUGUGGACCCGGACAAGCAGCGGCACUGGCUGGAGUUCACAAAGUCCAUCUCGAAACAGAUGAAAUCCCAGCCUCCCUUCACCAUGUGUCUGAGGGUCAAGUUCUACCCGCCAGACCCUGCCGCGCUCAAGGAGGAAAUCACCAGGUAUCUCGUCUUCCUGCAGAUCAAGAGAGAUCUGUACCAUGGCCGCCUCCUGUGUAAGACCUCCGAUGCUGCCAUGCUGGCUGCCUACAUCCUGCAAGCUGAGAUCGGGGACUAUGAUCCGGGCAAGCACCCGGAGGGCUACAGCUCCAAAUUCCAGUUCUUUCCCAAACACUCGGAGAAGCUGGAGCGCCGGAUUGCCGACAUCCACAAGACCGAACUCAUGGGGCAGACUCCAGAGACAGCUGAGCUCAACUUCCUGCGGAAAGCCCAAAUACUGGAGACGUACGGUGUCGACCCUCAUCCAUGCAAGGAUGUGUCUGGAAACCCCGCCUUCCUUGCCUUCACUCCGUUUGGCUUCGUCGUGCUUCAGGGUAACAAGAGAGUCCAUUUCCUCAAAUGGUGCGUCCAUGAGCACGAGGUGACCAAGCUGAAGUUCGAGGGAAAGACAUUCCAUAUAUAUGCAAAUCAGAAGGAGGAGAAGAAGAUCAUCCUAACGUACUUCGCCCCGACGCCGGAGGCCUGCAAACACCUGUGGAAGUGUGGAGUGGAGAACCAGGCCUUCUACAAGCUGGAAAAAUCGAGUCAGGUGCGCACGGUGUCCAGCAGCAACCUGUUCUUCAAAGGGAGCCGCUUCCGUUACAGUGGGAGAGUAGCUAAAGAGGUGAUGGAGCAAAGCGCCAAAAUCAAGAGGGACCCGCCAGAAAUACACAGAGCUGGCCUGGUGCCCAGCAGGAGCUGCCCGUCCAUCACCCACGGCCCGCGCCUCAGCAGUGUACCACGCACCCGCCGGAGAGCCGUACACAUAUCCAUCAUGGAGGGUCUGGAGUCCCUCCGUGACAGUGCCCAUUCCACGCCAGUGCGUUCCGUCUCCCACGGCGACUCCUUCAUGACCCGCUCGCGCAGUCAGGCGAUGGAGGCCAGCGGCGGCAGUGGCGAGGCGGUCAUCUCGGACGAGGCCUACUGCCCAUCGGACAGCGUGCUGCCCACGCCGGUGGCCGAGCACAGCAUGGAGCUGGCCGUCUCGCGCCAGGUCAACGGUGCCCCCUGCAGCAUCGAGGAGGAGAAGGAGUCGGAGGCCGGCACCCCGUCCAUGGGCGAGACGGGCGACCUCGGGCCGGACGGUAGGGCCCUGGUGUCCGGGCUGGGCGCGGGGGUGGGCCUCUCCUCGCUCAGCGAAGCGGAACAGGUGAAUAAGUUUGUUUUAAGUGUCCUCCGCCUGCUCCUUGUGACCAUAGGGCUCCUCUUUGUCUUGCUUCUCCUCCUCAUCAUCCUCACCGAGUCCGACCUUGACAUUGCAUUUUUACGUGAUAUCCGCCAGACGCCCGAGUUUGAACAGUUCCAUUACGAAUACUUUUGUCCCCUCAGGCGGUGGUUUGCCUGCAAGCUCCGCUGGGUGGGCGGGCUGCUCAUUAACGACAAGUGAGCGUGUGCGGCCCUCGGGGGUUGGAGGCGCGGCACGGCGCGGCGCGCACCCAGCCCGUAAAGCGUAGCGAGCCCGUUGGUGGGGGGUGGAGAAGACACUAAACGCAGCGCCGGAGAGAUGGAGGGGGAACUCCCAUCCCCGUCCCGUCCCGUCCCAUCCCGCUCUGCUCCGUCUGUCCCAACCUUCGGCUUCUCUCAUGAUCCGUCCUGCAGACUCGCGGCCCCCUCUCUCUCCUCUCUCCACAACGGACUGCCGACGCUGCACCAGGAGCUCACCAUUUUUCUCCUUUUUCGUUUUUUGUCUCCCCCCCACCACCACCCCACCUCUUGCGUUUUGUUCUCCUUCGUUUGUUGGUUUUUUACACUCUUCCAGUUUUACGUUUCUCCCCCGUCUUUUUUUCCGUUUGAAUUUUCUUUAAUAAAGACAGAGGAUGAUUUUUUUUUCAUGUUUUUUCCCCCUCUGUUGGGAUUUCAGGUCAUUGCAGGCAUUUUAUUUUUACAGAAAAAGAGAAAAAAAUAUGAAGAAACCAUAAAACUUACAAAGAACUAAAGAGUGCACUGUUCCUGUAUAGGGAUGAAAUAUUUUUGUUGCAACAUGAGACAGUUGCCUUCAUUUGCUAUUUAUUGUUUUGAGUAUAACUGAGAAAUGACAUAUUUAAAGAAUGUGAUGUGAGAAGGGUGGUCAUGUUGGUGUUUGGUGAAGAGAAGCAGAGAAAAGGAAUGGGGAAAGUGGAUGAUUGAGGCCAUUUUCUUUUCUUGUAGAAGGUGCAUCUUUUACCAUCAGUCACUCAUGGCAGCUGAACGUUUUUCUCUGUGAACAAGGCUGUUACGUAGGGAAGCAUACAAUAUAAAUAACUGCAAAUAACUCGACAAUUAACACAAAUGUACUAAAUUAUUACACUUGGACACAACAUUGUGAGAGCUGUGAGACUGUGCACGUUGUCUGAAGAGAAGUUAAUGGCCAGGGUCAGGACGUAAGAAGGGAUAGUUUGAGUGCUUUGAGAGCAGUUGGUUUUUGAGUAUUGUUUAGAAGAGGGAAUUGAGCAUCACAUAUACUUUUCUAGGAAUAUAUUUAUGUGUAAGUGGUAGCAAGCUGUGGAGUAGAAUUAUUAUUUUAUUUUUUUUAAGUAAAGGGUUUUAUAAAGGAUACCAUAAAAUAAAGCAGUAACAAUGGUGUUAUGUGAUAAUUGUUAGAGAAGUGAAUAUGGUCGGUCUCUUGAAAACACCUAGCACCCAUAGAUCCAACCUAGCUAGAUGUGCAAUAUUGUAUAGUGAUGGUUUUUUUAGAGGAAUAUUUCAAUCAAUUCUGAAGGUGUGCAUUUGCGUUAGCUUUGAUUUUUUUCUUUCAUUUUCACUCUUAUUGUCCUCAUUAUGAUAGGACUUUUUGAAUUUGAGAGAUGACUCCUUGUAUAAAGAAUGAAUGGUUUGUUUCAAUUCCAUAUCAGACAUUGCUCCUGAGUUUGUACUUUGUGAAUACCAUGCUACUAUUAAUUAUUAGAAUACAAUAACAAUGCUGUACUUUUUUGUACAAAGUAGUUAGUUUCCUAAUAUAUUGACAGUUUUUUCCAUGUAUAUUUUAACAGAACUGAAAUGUUAUUUUGUUAUUGAAGAUUAAAUUAUACCUUUUUUUAGCUCCGUGUUUCAGGUGAGUUGUAGAGUUUAUGGAAUAAUUGGAUGGAAUGAUAUUUAACAAGGCAAAAAGGACAGAUUUUCUUUUCUCCCUGGUCCACCUCUCACCAACCAACCUCUGUUUCGAGCCAGCAGUGACACAGUUCUCUCUGUAUGCCAGACAUGCAAGUGGUGGCCUAAAAUAAAAACGUCAUAGCGACAGAGCAGACAGAAAGUUUAGCUGUCCAAUGAACACAGCUUAAGCAGCAAUCAAAAGAAAAAGAAAUCAACCAGUUCUGGACAGAGAGAGAGAGAUAUAGAGAGAAAAAGAGAGAGAGAUAGAAAGAGAGAGAGAGAGAGAGAGGGUUUGGGCUAUCAGGUGCCAAAGUGCUGUCAGCUUUUGGUUGAUACCUCAGUGCUGUGAUUUGGCUGCUGGUUGAUCGUGAUUGCUGAACUGAUGGAUGAAAGACAAAUCUGUUUAAACGUGUCUACUCCCAGUGUAAAAGUGUGUGUGUGUGUGUGUGUGUGUGUGUGUGUGUGUGUGUGUGAGGUUGAGAGCAAUUUUUGAGUUAUACGUGUAGCCCCCCCUAAAAUCUGUUUUAUGUGAGUGUGUUUAACUUAAAAGCUUAAUUUAAUGUGGAACACAGACAGAAAAAGGAAGAUUUGUUAGGUCUUAUUUUUGAAAUAGGGAAGACUGGGACACAAGGAGAUAUAAAGACUAGUGGGUGGAGAAGAAAAAAGGGCGAUUCGGGAACAAGGGACAUGAGAGGAAUGAUUUUAUGCCACUAAAGGCACAGGGCCUACAACUGAGAUAGGAGGUACAGGAAAUUAGGUCUCAAUCUGUACACUGUGACUGACACACGUCUCGUCCAAUAAGCCUCUGUCAAUCCUCCUGUUGGGUCUGCAAAAGUUAGCACAGUUUAGAUGGCGUGGUUGCAGCACGCUACAGCAACAGUAGAUUCCUGAAGUACUAGGAUGCCACUCAUGUAGUCUUGGUCUAACAGCAUUGUUUUAAACAUGAUACCCACCUGUUUCUGCCAUCCCAGUGUGCUAUCAGUGGGUCUGUGUAUAAAUAACAAUGACCGUCUCAACCAGUAAUGCAUAGCAACAGUCAACAUUUAUGCUAGUCUAAAUGCUAAUCCAUUACACAGCACACUACGGGCGACAUCAGUACAAAGGCACUUGCAGUGUCAGGUGGGGCCUGCGAGCUAUGUGUCCUUGCGGUUUGAUGUCGCCUCGGUCUGUCUUAAAGGUUCAAACUUUGGUGGACGUCUAUUAUAGACCCUCAUUCUGCCCACAAGACUUCAGCACCUAUUCUGUUACAGGGCUAUCUCAGCUACAACAACAAUUAACCAUAUUGUUUUUAACAACUGUUUCUGUGACCUGCUGAAGGGAAGAAAAGUUGUAUUGCACAAUAUGUGCUUUAGGUUUGUGAUAUGCUGUAAGGACUGUACACGCCACAGGAGAUGAAAACCUCUACAGAGAUUCGUGAGACAAACGUGCAUGCUUCUUACUUUUUAAAGUAUCAUGCAUGCAUAUCCAACAGCAAGUGCAACAGCAGAAUGGCUUGGGGAUGGUUUGAAUCCAACAGACUGCAAAUUAAGACAAUGGUGUCUUAACAUGACAUUUGUGUAUUAUUUAUAUUUGCUUAUGUUUUUCCCUUUCUUGAUGGACAAUAAAAACUGGAUUGUAUUUUGGUUUGUUUUCCAAUGGGUGAGAUUUGGUAAUAUCAAUAUGGUCAGCAUUGUAAUUCAUUUUACAGCAUAAUGUAGCUUCAAUGAUCCUUCCAUGCAUGCACAAAACUAAAGGCAGCACCAUUCAACCAGCAAUAAUUUGAAAUGUAAAAGGGAAAUUCAAUAAUCUGCAUUGUAAAAGGGUAUCCACAAAGAAUUGUACAAACAUCUGAGUUUCGUAAUGAAUUAAUAGCAGCUGUGGAAUCAGAUUACUUGAUUUUCUUGUCAUGUGGAGUCAUUUUUGUCUGAUCAUUUCAAUGCACAGCCUUGAGCUUAAUACACUGUUCCAAAACUAAUAAUAAUGAUUUUUAUAUGAAGACAAUACUGGUAAUUGUAAAAGUGGAUACAAUAUUGAAUUACUCCCCAAAAUAUUUGCUACAUUUUGUACACAUUUCGCUCCUAUAUCUUCCCUAUUUGACAAUUCUGUCCAUGUUUUUGUUGUUCCCGUGUGUGACCAGCAAACUCUGCCUCUACCUGAAUCUCUCCAAAACUUUUCCAAACGGGCAAGUGACAGGUUCUAAGAACUAAGGUGCAAUACCCGCAUUCUUUGCUGUGCUGCAGAAACACCCUGGCUCUCUGUCUGUGGAGCUCUGGCAUGCCACGCUGUGUAGUGUCCUGGCAUUCUUGUCCUGAUAAGAAUGUCACGCAGUGUGUGUGGCAUUCCUGAGGAUGCCCAUUGGGCCAGCCAUGAGUCAGAUGGUCAAGUGUAAUCGGUUGUCUUCAUCGGCUGUUCUUGCAGUAAAAGUAUGGAGGUGGGGACACAACAAAACAAUAAGAACGUGUCCCUUCGAAUCUGGUCCGUUUCCAUGGUAACACUAUUAUUUAUUUCAUUAGAUUUUUUUGUUUUGUUUUGUCCUGGUCUUCCUCUUGGGAGCUGGUGGUAGUACUUUGUGUGGAAGCUGAACCUGCCUCUGGCUACCUGUGUGUAAAACAGUAUGAUAAAAGGGGGAAAGUGAAUAAUGACUGAAGUUACACCAUAUGCUACAAACCAUAUGCUGGCAAUCAUUCUGCCAGAGUGCUUUCAUCAGCUGGUUCUAUAGAGCACUGAACUGCAUUGCAGCUAGUGUGGCCCCAUGGCACACAAAAAGUAACAGGGUGGAAGAAAUCAUUUGUAAUGCUGUGGGUAUAUAUGGGUUGAAAUGUACGUCUCAUUUCAUUUCAGUUUGUAUCCACUGGGUCUUGGAUGUAUUAAAGCAAACUUGGCUUUAUAUGUACAGGCCUACCUAAAACUGCCUUCUUUUUCACCACCAGCUUAAUACAAGUUUUACUUAUGUGUGUGUGUGUGUGUGUUUGUAUGUAUGUAUGUGUGGUUAUGAUCAAGUGGUUGUACUGUACAACAGCUGAAUCCUGUGUAACUGCUAUUGUCGACCACUGAUCUAAACACAUCACAUGACACACACCACUCUAGUCAAAGUGGCCAGCAGACAUCUCUGCUCCUGGAGAGGGAUUCCAACCCUGAGGAAGGCAACCGACGAGUGGGGAAACCACACGUUCACAUACAGUACAUGUUUAUUUAUUUCUCUGUAGUUUCUCAUGGCCAUUUAUCCCGUCAUCAAGUCUCUGUGCCCUUCUCUCCAUCUGCCCAGAAACUGAAAGACUGAAAUGAAAUCAGUAAUUGUAACUUGCUUCUACUCAAUGUAUUGUGCUUCUGUCACUUCUACCAACCCCUACCCUCCCCCCAUUCCCCCCCUAAACACACUCUCUCUUCAACAGCUAUGUGCGCAUACACACACAUGCCCAGAAUGUGUUGGUGCAUAGCUGUGCCCUAGACAUGUUUUAUGUAUUUCUGUAUUCUGCAUCUUUUUAAACUUGGGAUUGGAGGCUGCUGUUUAGUUACUUAAUAUAUAAAUAGAUAUACACAUAUAUACAAAUUUAUGUGCCAAAUCCAGUUCCUGUUGAGUCUGACUCAUUCCAAGACCAUCUUUGUACUGUAGGAAACCUUCUAUACGAAACGGUAUGAAAUAUUGUUUCUCUGAUAGUCCCUUGUAACUGGUGCCAUGGAAAUAUUCAAACUUGAAAUAAACAUCAAAAAGUGUUUAAA